AUAUUGUGUAUGUGACAGCUUUGCUCAUCACUAAUAUAUUUGGAUUGUCAUCAUUCAACAACCAACAAAAUACGCCGACGAUUUUUCUAAAAAAUGUUUCGCAAUCAAUAUGAUAGUGAUGUCACAGUGUGGAGCCCUCAGGGUCGACUGCAUCAGGUUGAGUACGCCAUGGCGGCUGUCAAACUUGGAACCGCAACCGUGGGCCUAAAGACGCGUGACUAUGCGGUUUUGGUUGCACUGUGCAAGCCGGCUUCCGAGCUGUCUGCAUCCCAGAGGAAAAUAAUUCCGAUUGACGAUCAUCUGGGUAUAUCAAUUGCUGGCAUUACGGCUGACGCACGAGUUCUAAGCAAGUACUUGCGAUCGGAGUGUUUGAGCUAUAAGCAUUCCUAUGGAUCGACAUACCCUGUGUCUCGAUUGAUCACCAAUUUGGGCAACAAAAUGCAGUCCACCACUCAGAGAUAUGAUCGUCGGCCAUAUGGCGUGGGAUUACUGCUGGCUGGUUACGAUGAGAAGGGACCUCACAUCUAUAAGGUGGAACCCUCGGCGAAUUUCUUCAAUUGCAAAGCAAUGACCAUCGGAUCACGUUCCCAGAGUGCUCGCACUUAUUUGGAGCGUCACUUGUCCACAUUUAAUGCCUGCUCCAAGGAUGAUAUCAUUUGCCAUGGCAUUCACGCUAUUCGCAGCACAUUGCCGAACGAUGAGCUCGUUUCCAAAGAUGAUGGCGGCUCUCAAUUGAAUAUCAAUGUUGCAAUUGUUGGCAAAGAUCAGCCAUUUAAGAUACUGUCGGAUGAGGAGAAUCUGAAAUAUUUGGAAAUGGCCAAGCAACGAGGUGCAGCAAUUGUGGUAACCAAGUCAGACGAGGAUGAUGACACGCCAUCUACUGGCGAUAGUCAGGAACCUUCGACUUCUCGUGAUCCACAAGUCGCAGUUGCCACCAUGGAGAAUCCUUCGCAAGUUGAACCCAAACGGACUUUAAUCAAAAACGUUGCAUUAGCACAAUUUUCAUCGAUUCUCCAACAGUGGGAACUUCUUACUUAUGAAACGGACAAGUAUUGCACCAACAUAAUGUAUUCUGGACCAAUUAAAAAAGCACGACCGAUUUCAAAUCGGUCAAGUCUUGGAGAUAAAAUUCCCGCGAGAGUGGUUUUAUAUUUCCUAUCCUGGUCUGGGUUUCUAGUAUCGUUCAUGAUGCGUAAUGACAUGAAUAUUGCAUUGGUUGCAAUGAUUACAAAUGGCAACGAUACGCAAUAUCAGAACAAUAACCAUUCCUAUGAUUUAAAUAUGGGCGGUGCAACAGCGGACCAGACAUCUAUAAUUAAAUCUGUGAUAAUCGGCUCAUUCUACUGUUGGUAUGUGCUAUCCCAAGUCGUCGGUGGAAUCGCGACCCAAGCGCUGGGAACAAAGUGGGUGUUCGGAUGGUCGCAGCUGGCAACGGCGUUAUGCAGUCUGCUAAUGCCAUUGGCAGCAGAAGUCCAUUAUGCAGUGGUGAUCGUUUUACGCUCAAUUCAGGGAUUCGCUUCGGGUUUAACUUGGCCGGCGAUGUACGCAAUGGUUGGAUACUGGAUACCGUUGUCGGAGCGUUCGCGAUUCAUGUCAAGCUUUCAAGGAUUUAGUAUCGGAAUUGGAUUAACAUAUCCGUUGUGUGGUUUUAUUAUAACCACGGUCGGAUGGCCAUUUGUUUUUUAUACAACUGGUCUACUGGGUGUUGGAUGGUGCAUUUUGUGGUAUACUUUGGCCUACAACACACCUAGGGAACAUCCUCGAAUAACUAAAGAGGAGUUAAACUAUAUUGAGCAGAAUGUCGGUGAAGAUGUUUUAACUUCAGUCACGGUUAAAGUUCCAUGGAUACAGAUAUUCACAUCUCUGCCCGUUUGGGCAGUUGCAAUUACAACAUUCGGUCGAAUAUUUGUACAUUAUGUAUUUAUAACGAGUGGUCCGACAUUUAUGAAUGACAUACUUAAGUUUAAGUUCUCAACCAAUGGACUUUUGUCGGGAAUGCCAUUCCUUUGCUCAUAUGUAUCUUCUGUAUUCUUUUGUUAUAUUGCCGAUAAGCUCUUAUUGAAUAAUGUCUUAAGCCUAACUAAUGUAAGAAAACUAUUCACUGCUCUCUCGCAAAUUGUUCCAGGAGUCCUAAUUCUAUUUAUUGGCUACAUAGAUAAUAUUGUAAUUCUGUUGAUAGUCUGGUUUACAGCUGUAAUCUUUAUAACGGCAUCCUAUGCGGGAGCAAUGGCCAAUAUUAUAGAUCUUGCACCAAAUUAUGGACAUUCUGGAGCAGUAUUAGCAUUCUGUCAAACAAUUCAUAUGUCAGCAUCCUUCAUCUCGCCAUUGACCGCUGGAUAUGUUGUUACCAUAAAGGACUCUAUCGAUCAAUGGCGAAUAUUUUUUGAAAUCUCAGGAAUUAUUGCUGUGGUGACUUACUUCUUUUAUCAGUGGUUUGGUUCCGCAGAAAUACAACCUUGGAAUGCCUUACGGUCGAUUAAUGAUUCGCCAGAUGAGGAGUCAAAGAUGUUUCCUAAAGAAAACGGAAAAACUGAGUACAUUCCCAAAUCUAAAUAAGCAAAGGAAACCAACUAUUAUUUGUAAAUAGGAUUACGUUAUGUUGUUAACUAGAUUGAUACCUUUGACACUAUUGAUAUAAGGUUGUAGAUACUGUUGGUUGGGACUAACAUUCUAAAUUUUUUGGAGUAGAAA